UGUAAAUAUGCUGGCGCUAAGUGGGGGUGCCUCGCCAUUAGUUUAGCUGUCACUGGAACGCUGUCUAAUGUCUUCAGUGGUUGUGUCGUUGAGGUCCGCACUACUAUGUGGUCACCCUCCGCGCGCACCUCAACACUAGUCGCGGGAGAGCCGAGUAGAAUGCAGGUCCACCCGCUCUAAUAGACCUGAUAGAAAACAAACAAACAAACGCUCGUGGACAUUUCAUACCAGAUCGACGGGAAUCCAAGGCGUCUGGUAACCUGAACGCGCGGAUAGAGGACGGAUAGGCGGUUUCCAAUAGGCUACGCGUUUUUCAUCAACAGAUAAAAGGCACUUCGCGUUCUUCUAUAAAAAGAUUUCCAGGAAUGGAAUCUAUCCCAAAUCAGCUGCCGGCUGGAAGAGACGCCAGCUGUUCGCCGAACUCUAAGCAAGACCCGCAGUCUUACACUGGCCCAACACUGAAGCCGAACCAAGUCAGUGAGACGUCUUUAUACGGAAUACCGAUCGUUUCACUCGUGAUAGACGGCCAGGAGAGACUUUGCCUGGCCCAAAUAUCCAACACUCUUUUGAAGAACUACAGUUAUAACGAAAUCCACAACCGGCGUGUGGCCCUGGGCAUCACCUGUGUGCAGUGCACUCCGGUCCAGUUGGAAAUUCUCAGGCGCGCGGGGGCAAUGCCCAUUUCCUCGAGACGCUGCGGAAUGAUCACAAAGCGAGAGGCCGAGAGGCUCUGCAAGUCAUUCCUCGGCGCGCACAGCCCCCCGAAAUUACCAGAAAAUUUCGCUUUUGAUGUGUCACAUGAAUGCGCGUGGGGCAGCCGGGGCAAUUUCAUCCCAACCAGGUACAAUAGCUCAAGAGCGAAAUGUAUUAAAUGUUCAUUCUGCAACAUGUAUUUCUCUCCGAAUAAGUUCAUAUUUCACUCUCAUCGCAUGCCGGAUUCCAAAUACACACAACCCGACGCUGCGAACUUCAACUCGUGGAGGAGACACUUAAAACUGUCCGAUAAAAACUCACCGGAGGACUUGGCCCAUGCCUGGGAAGACGUAAAAGCAAUGUUCAACGGGGGCAGCCGCAAGAGGACGCUGCCAGUCGGUAGGUCUGAUGGUUCAUCCCCGCUUCGUACACAAGGACCAGGAGGUCAGCCCCAGGGGGAACCAUCUGAGGUGCCCCACAAAACUCUCCGUUGUGAGGAUGACAGAGGGGCCGUCACCAUGCCGAGCAGCAUCCGUAGUUACCCCGUCAUUCCAGUGCCCAGCAAAAGUUUUGGGAUGUUACAGAAAAUCCCACCACCACUCUUUCCACAUCCAUAUGGGUUUCCAGCGUUUGGAUUGUGUCAAAAGAAAGACGACGGUGUGGUGAUCGGUGAGCCAAACAAAACAAACCUGUCAGGUGUGUUCUGGCCGAGCGCUAAGGACAGUGCAUAUCCCUCCUUUCCGAUGUUUUGGCCCACAACAGGCAGCCUGGCCAUGCCAACAUACCACCAUGCCCAACCUAAGCCUCCAUCUGACGUGUUAUGCGCCACACAUAGCGAUCUAGAUCUGUCUGAGCAAAGUGACCGAAGCACGAGCACUCCCAAAGACAGUCUGCUUGAAAACGAACGGUGCUCCAGCACUCAGUCUGCCCGGAAUGAAGAGGAUAAAUCCGGAGACGAGAGCAGGUCAGCAGAAGGGAUGCCAGCUACUCCGAGAAAAAUAAGCUACAUAUCAGCAUUCAGGCCAGUUGUUAAAGAUGUUGAGAGCAUCGCAAAACUCUAUGGCAACAGGGGUCCAUAUUCUGGUCCCCGAUCUGGCUAUCUUUCACCAGAUUUCUUGAGUGAAAGUUCUAGCUAUAGAUCAGUUUCUCCUGAUGUAGACAGUGUGGACGACCCGGAUGUGGAUGUGGAGUCACAUAAGGUACACGAAGAUGACGAAUGUCUGCAGCUGUCUGUGGAUGACCGGCGGAGUCCCCCCGGGUCGACCGUAGCGCAAAGCGAGGGGGUUAAAGUUCAAGAACAAGAAAACAGCCAAAUAAUCACCAUGAGUGAUCUACAUUCGGUCAAUUCAAGCGAAAAACGGCAGUCAGACUUGGAGAGCCACGGCAAGUCGUUUGAGAGCAAUAAACACACGACGCGUUUUGAAGUGUAUUCGCGUGAAAGAGACCAACACAUGCAUCAAAUGAGCACCUCUUAUUUUGGAUCAACGACCACUUACCAACGCGACUCGAUGGAGCCGAAUGUUAAAGACGUGCAUGAAGAAGAGCCUUCAUCGACAGUGGAGGAGAUGGAACCCAAAAUUCAUCAGGACCAAGCCAACGUCCCUGAGGAGCGCCUGAAGGAAAGCAAUGAUGAUGAGGAAACAAUAAGAAAACCCGCCGGCAGCAGGAAAUCCUUGAUUGAUAAAGACAUCAAGAAUAUGGCCAAAGAGGAAUUGCAGAAACAACUUGUGGAACAAGUUGAGCUUAGAAAAAAGUUGGAGCGUGAGUUCCAGAAUCUAAAAGACAGUUUUCAAGACCAAAUGAAAAGGGAGCUCUCAUACAGGGAGGAAAUGGUGCAGCAACUCCAGAUCGUUCGAGCUUUUGUUUUAAACGAUCCAUCCACUUUUUUCCCAGAAGCUCACGACGCGCUUCACCAUUUUUCGUGUAAGAUGCUGACACCUCGUCACUGCACUGGGACCUGCACCUUCAAGCCUCCUCUUUUACCACCUUGAUGGAUACCCAUUCUAGUCAAGAGUGUUCUUUAGAAAUACUGUUGUGUCAAAUAAAAUGUACUUUUUUCUCUGCAAAACACUGUCAACCAUUAGACCUGGAAUAAGCAAGUGUGUACUGUAAUAUUUUAGCUCUUACACUGUAAUAAAGUCAUUUUCAUUCACAGAAGUGUUUUUAGACUCACUGUAUGUACUGUAUAAUUUAUAUAAAGUUCUAGAAAAUUGCAUUAUUAAAAAAAAAAAAUUACAUUCCAUUAUAAAUAUUAUCAUCAGCUAGAAAUCACUGGUAAGUGGCUAUGUGCAAUGCAUAUAUUUGUAAUGUAUCCCGUGAUACCCUUUUUGUUAGUGAUAUGUUAGGACACAUUGUUUAAAUUAGAUGCUACUAUAAUUUAUGUUUUUGUAUUAUUUUAUUUAUUCCAUGUCCAUGCUGGCUGUUUAUUCUCAUCUGCAACUUUGUAAAUUAUUGAUGUAAAGCACUUUAAAUUGGCAGCCCUAAUUACUCAA